AUGAUAUCCCUACAGUUCUGGGCUCUCGUGUUAGCCUUCUUCACAGAAUUCGUCUCAGCCGCUCCGGCUCUCGUUACUUUUCCAAAACGUUAUGUUUCCUUUGACGGUUUCAAGAAGAUCACCAACAAGGACUCCCUCGCCUGGUAUAGGCCUUAUUCUCCGGGUGUGGCGAAAGCCGUUGUAGACAAUCCACCCGACUACCAGUGCUUCCAUGGAGCCAAUUAUCCAUAUGUCACGGACUGGGCGUCGUUUAACACUCUCUGGGACAUCAACCUGCCAGCUCUCCGCUCACACAACUCGGCCGCCAACAACCGAAUCCUGCGCAAGAAGAUCCUCCAGAUUGCGGCCCAGACGAAAACCGAUGCGCGCAUCAUCCUCGCCAUAAUCGUGCAGGAGUCCAGCGGCGACCUCGGGGUGCGCUGCACGGGCGAGCAAAAGCGCAACUGCGGCAUCAUGCAGGCCAGCCCCGGGUCGGUCUCGUUCGACGCGGCGCACCCGUCGUCCAGCAUCGGCACCAUGAUCCGCAACGGCGUGCUCGGCACGCCCGGGGGCUGGCCCGACGGCGGGCCCGGCUUCGCGUGGCUGUUCAACGGCGCCGACGGCGAGGCGUGGGCGAACAUGGGGGCGCCGGGCGGGGGGCAGCCGUUCCGGGCGCUGCGCGCGUUCAACACGGGCAAGGUGGUGGAUGCGAGCGAUUACGAUGAGACGGGUGGGGUGGGGACGGUGAGUUAUGUGAACGAUGUGGCGAAUAGGUUGAUGGGAUGGGAUGGGAGGGGGAGGGGGUGUGGAUAUUGA